CUUUGUACUGACCAUACUGCUUCUGUCUCCGUUCACAGCCAGUUCCUGCCUCGUACAGCGCCAUGGAUCGAGACGCCCCCCCAGAGGUGAUUGUGGUUGGGUCAUGUAUGACUGACCUCGUCAGUGUGACUCCCCGUCUACCUAAAGCCGGAGAGACCAUACACGGCAGCAAGUUUUUCAUCGGGUUCGGAGGGAAAGGAGCAAACCAGUGUAUACAGGCGGCCAGGCUAGGCGCACGGACCGCCAUGGUGUGCAAGGUUGGAGAAGAUUCCUUUGGGAACAAUUACAUUGAGAACUUUAAGAACAAUGAUGUGUGUACAGAUUUCGUGGCUCAGACAGCGGCAGCGGCCACCGGAGCAGCGAGCAUCAUCGUCAAUGCAGAAGGUCAGAACGCCAUUGUGAUCGUCGCUGGGGCCAACCUACUGCUGGAUUCCGGAGAUUUGGCAAAGGCCUCUGGUGCCAUUGGAGGUGCCAAGGUGGUGGUGUGCCAGUUGGAGAUAAGUCCACAAAUGUCCUUGGAAGCUUUAAAAAUGGCGCACAAUAGUGGAGUGAAGACUAUCUUCAACCCGGCACCGGCCAUAUCGGACCUGGAAGAUGAAUUCUUCACCCAUUCGGACAUCUUCUGCUGUAAUGAGAGUGAGGCGGAGAUCUUAACAAAAAUUUCGGUGGCCGGCCCCGAUGAUGCAGGAAGAGCGGGACGUGCACUGCUGGAGCGAGGCUGUCAUCUGGUCCUGGUGACUUUAGGAGGGGAAGGAUGUGUCAUUGUCUCAAAAGAUGACCCAACUCCGAAGCACAUAGCCACGAAUACGGUCACUGCGGUGGACACCACGGGCGCUGGAGAUAGUUUUAUUGGGGCGCUGGCCUUCUACCUCGCCCAUUGUCCUCAUCUCAGCAUGGAAGAAAUGGUAAAGAGGUCAAACCACAUUGCGUCAGUGAGCGUCCAGUCGGCAGGAACGCAGACAUCCUAUCCGUACAGGAAGAACCUUCCUCAGGAUAUCUUCUCUUAGAGGAAACCGGCCCGCUGUCUCUCCUCCAUG